CCUUAUCAGCCACCUAAUCAGCGCCUUGUUUGCACUCUUACUACACACGACUUGUAGUUAAACUCUCGGCAAGAUUGUGGUCACAAGUGCUGCUAGCAUGGAGCCGGAGACACAGAGUUUGCCGGUUAUAAAAAAUCUUAAUCAGGUGAUUGAACCCCACUUGGGAGGAGCCAAACUCCUGGGCUAUCAGUCUAAAAGCCUGACUCAGCCUGGAGACAACUAUGGCAGCAUUCUUCUGGCCAUCCAAGCCCAGUUGAAGAGCUCCCAGGCAGCAGAACCCUUCGAGCAGCAGCUGGUGGCCAAGGUUCCUCCCACCGAUCCCAAAUACUGGCAGUUCUUUCAACCCGAACGGACCUGCCUCACGGAGAACGCUGUCUACCAGGUCUUGGCCCCGGCUCUGGUGGCUCUACAAAAGGAGGCUGGCAUCCCAGAGGAGAGCCACUUUGAUGGCUUCCCUCGCUACUUUGGCUCACGCAUUUCCCUCGAUCCAGGCUCUAAAACCGUAGAUCAAGAUGCCGUCUUGGUGCUGGAGAAUCUUCGCUUUAGCGGCUUUGUUUCCGGCCAGAGACUGCAGCCCUAUGACCUACCUCAUACUCUUUUGGCCCUCCGAUACCUAGCCGAGUUCCAUGCUCUUCCCGUGGGACUAAGACUGCUGAAGCCCCAGGUGUUUAGGGAGCAAGUGCGUCCCUUCUUCAACAAGUUUGACUGGCAUGGAGCUGCUCCGGAGUGGAAGGCCAUCAUGAAGGCCGAGACCCUGGAGGACAUACGACAAGCCACCGACAAUGAUGAGGAGCUGGUGGCCCGCGUGAAAGAGCUGUCGGACAAGUUCUUUGAGUUUUUAGCCGCCCAGCCGGAUAGACCCGAUGGACCUUUUGCUAGUAUCAUUCACUGUGAUUAUUGGAUCAAUAACUUGAUGGUGAAGUAUGAACCCUCGGGAACGCCCUCUCGGCUGAAAAUAAUCGACCUCCAGACCGCCCAGUUCGAUUCCGUGGUUCAUGACAUAAUCGCCUUCCUGCUAUCAAGCGUUGAUACCGCUAUCUUGGAGCUACAUUUCGAACACAUGUUGGAGUCCUACUAUGAGGUCUUUGUGUCUUGUUUGCGCCGUGUAGGAGCUGAUACGACCAGCUACAGCUUGGCGGCAUUCCGGGCGGAAGUAAAGCGAGUGGCAUAUAUCCAGGUGCCCCAUGCCAUCUUCAUGACGAGAUUUAUACUGGCGGAUGAAGGGGAAUCAACAUCCUCCUCCUCUUCGGAUAAGGAUCUUGGCGAUGUUUUGAAGAAUGCAGGCUCGGAGCGUAUUGGGCGAAAACUGAAAGAGAUUUUGAGUUUGGCUAAAAAGUUUGAUAUUUUAUACUAAUUUUGUUUAUAAUUUUAUUAUCUGAGAACAAAAACUCUAAUAAAAACUAAUGAGAUUUUAA